AAGCCCAAAUAACAUAAUCCCAACGCCAACCUCAUAUUAGUAGCCAUACAGACACCAUGAAGGUGAAGAAUGGUCUAAACAGAUAUCCAUUUCUUUCAAUGAUCAUGUUUCUGGCUCUCAUGCACAUUGGCCAUCUAACAGUACCCAUUUGGGCCAACCGAUCGCCUUACACGCCAACCGAUUACUUCCUAUUCGAAUGCCUUGCCUCCACAGCUGCAACUUUGUUAUCUAAUGGCCAGAAAUGGAGUCCCAAUAAUAAUUCUAAUUUUGAAUACUACCCAUAUCAUGAGGUGUCCAAAGCAUCCCAAAUUUCAGGUGAUCCCAAAUCCCCUCAGUCGUUAUAUGCUUGCAUUGUUCGAAAGCAAUCUAGUUUCACAUUUGCAGUAUCUAGUAUUGGUAUGCAUUUCAUACGACUUCACUUCUAUCCAACUAGUUAUGAAGGUUUGAACAUGUCUAAAGCUUUGUUCUCUGUCAGUGUAGCCAAUUACACUCUUCUACGUACUUCAGAGUCCUCUUAUUCUAGCAAUCCAUCCGAUGCUAAAUAUAUCAUUAAAGAAUUUUGCAUUAACGUGGAUGAUUUGGUGAUUAACGUAGCUUUCACUCCAUCAAGAAAUUCCUCCGGUGCCUAUGGCUUUGUGAACAAGAUUGAGAUAGUUUCAAUGCCCCAAGACAUCUAUUAUGUCCGCAGAGGUGAUGACCAACUGCCCUUCAUCGGGCAUCAUUCCAAGUUCUUCACUGGGAAUUCCAUAGCCCUGGAAAUGAUGUAUAGGUUAAAUGUUGGCGGGCACUCAAUCUAUGCUGAAGAUGAUACGGGCAUGUUACGAGCUUGGUCAGAGGACUUCUCGUUCCUUAUCAAUCAAAUCACUGAUAUCAUUCAUCCAAAAGUUAAUAUCAAGUAUAGUUUGUCAGUGCCUGCAUACAUUGCGCCACAGCAAAUCUAUGCUACAGCUAGAACCAUGGAGGACAACGGGCAUUGUAAUAUGACAUGGCUAUUCUACGUGAUACACUGGAGUGGUGGAGUCGGCGUUCCAGUGUACAGAGAUUACAUUGUUAAUGUCACAAAAAAUAGCCAAGAGAUGUUUCUGUCUUUGGCAUUAAAGAGCACAGAAAGUCUGAAUGGGCCAAUCUUAAAUGGCUUGGAAAUCUUCAAGCUAUCAGACCACGCCUACAAUCUUGCAGGGCCUUUUCCAUUUGGAAAGAGAACACACCCAUUUGGAAUGUCAAAUAGAUUAUUACAGAAUAAUCCAAAGAUGGUAUUCAUUCCAUUUUAUACUUUGGUUGGGUUAACAUUUCUAUUUUACAUUUUUUUGCAAUUUCUGAUCAGGUGGUUCCCAUUUCACUCAAAUUUGCAAAGGAGAACUUUCAAAUUGGCAUCAUCAGAUCACUGUCGUUACUUCACACUUGUUGAGAUUAAAUCAGCUACAAAUAACUUCUCUGAUGCUAAUCUAAUUGGUGCUGGUGGAUUUGGAAAGGUCUAUAAGGGGUACAUCGAUGGUGGUGCCACCUCUGUCGCGAUAAAGCGUGGGAGUCCAACCUCACAUCAAGGUCUACACGAGUUCCACACUGAAAUCACCAUACUAACCAAACUCAAGCACAACAACCUUGUCUCUCGAAUUGGGUAUUGCGUCCAUGAAAAAGAGAUGAUACUAGUGUAUGAAUUCAUGGCUCGAGGUACCUUACGUGAUCACCUAUAUAACACCCAGAAGCCCCCACUUCAAUGGAAGGAGAGACUCAAGAUUUGCAUUGGUGCUGCACGGGGGUUAAACUACCUUCAUGUUGAUGCAAAGCAGACCAUCAUUCACCGUGACGUGAAGACGACAAAUAUUCUCUUAGAUGAGAGUUGGGUAGCUAAGGUUUCAGAUUUUGGGUUGUCCAAAUUUGGGCCUAAAAUCAUGUCUUGCACUCAUGUUAGCACUGUAGUGAAGGGUAGUUUCGGGUACAUAGAUCCAGAAUACUACCGUUGUCAAAAGUUGACAGAAAAGUCAGAUGUGUACUCUUUCGGUGUGGUAUUGAUGGAAGUAUUGUGUGCCAGACCGGCAGUCUUACCAAUGGUGAUGGAAGAAGAGGAAGACAAGCUAGAACAAGCCAACUUGGCUGAGUGGGCUUUACAUUGUCAUCAAUCAGGGACCCUUCAUCAUAUUAUAGACCCGUUUUUGAAGGAAAAGAUUGACCCAGAAUGUUUUAAGACAUUUGUGGAAUUAGCAAAGAAGUGUUUGGCAGGUAGAGGAAGUGAACGACCCACGAUGGGCGAUGUGUUGUGGUACUUGGAAUUAGCACAGCAACAACAGGAAGCUAAUACAGUAGAGGAAAAAACGUGUAUUGCAAGUGAGGAGUUUGUGACCAUUGAUGUUCAAUAUUGUGCUCGUGGCAUUGGAAAUUCAAAUGCAACACUCGGUGCAGAAUUUUCGGAGCUCAUGGACCCAGUUGGUCGUUGAUGGAUUUCAACAGACAAUUCUUUUAACCUUGUAAGCUCAUCUAGUAUAAUAAUUCUAUAAACAUAGGACCAACCACUGAACAGACCACAAAAAAAUACAUAUCAGAUAACCGUUGUACUCAAGUUGCUCUAUAUGUUAUCAUUUAUGUGGUUUGUUUUAUGCUUAUAAUUUAUUUUUUUCCAAUUA